AUGGGACAAUCCAAAACGAAGCUGCAAGUCGUCAUGUGCGGGCUAGAUAACAGUGGGAAAACUACAAUUAUUAACCAAGUGAAACCAGCACAGUCAUCUAGCAAGCAUAUCACUGCCACUGUAGGAUACAAUGUUGAAACUUUCGAAAAGGGUCGUGUGGCCUUCACCGUCUUUGACAUGGGUGGUGCGAAGAAGUUCCGCGGGUUGUGGGAGACAUACUACGACAAUAUUGAUGCGGUCAUAUUUGUUGUAGAUAGCAGCGACCACUUGCGGCUUUGCGUAGUGAAGUCGGAGAUUCAGGCCAUGCUCAAGCACGAGGACAUCAGACGUGAGCUACCGGGUGGCGGUCGGGUGCCGUUUCUAUUUUUUGCCAAUAAAAUGGAUGCUGCCGGUGCCAAAACGGCCGCGGAACUUGUGGAAAUUUUGGAUCUUACGACUCUGAUGGGGGACCAUCCGUUUGUUAUAUUUGCCUCGAAUGCACUGAAAGGAACAGGUGUGCACGAAGGUUUCAGUUGGCUUCAGGAGACUGCGUCGCGACAGAGUGGCAAAGCUGGGACGAAGAGGGGCUGA